UAAACAUAUUAAAGUUUGGCAAAACACUGAAUAACUUAAUAAACAUACUUAAAGUGCGUUUAUCAAAUUUAAAACCUUGAGCUUGAAAAACAAGCUACUGCCGUGACUGAAACAUAUGCAUUUCUAAAUUAAAAUAAACGACCGCGCAGGCGCCAAGUUUUUUGUAAACAUUGCCGCCCAACCCAAAAUGCAACAACAGUAGCCCCCAAAAACGCCAACGAACGCAAAAUCGGCACAAGGACGUGCCAGCCAGCCAGGAAAAAUCAAUAACAACACAGCCGCGAAGCGACAAAGGCCGGAAGUGCAUUUUUUGCAUUACUGCGCGUUAAGUAACGUCACGGAGAAGGAAAAAAUGAGUGUUAUUUAGAGAAAAGUGAUGUAGUUGUUUGUGCCAAGAGUGUAAAAAGAAAACCCGGAAAAUGGUGGGCAAGGGGUCAAGCGGCUUGGUCGGCGACACCAGCACGGGCAGCAAGGAACGCCCUGUUUUCAUUCCGCCCCGGAAACGUCAACAAACCAAGUCGGAGGCCAAGAAGCAGAACUAUGUGGACCACAUCGUCAGUGUGCAGCAAAAUCGUCCAAAGCUAUCCCCCUCGAAUCCGGGACUCGAGGAGGAGCUCCGCAAGUCCAAGUUGAUUAUCAAAAACAAGCAACCGCUGCCACAGCUCCCCGGUGAACUAGGAGUUCCCAAUGCCCAUGACACACUGGCCAGCACCCACUCGGCCAGUUCGACGCAGCACAGCCAGAAGUCGGGCCGGUCGAACGGCAAUCUCAACGAGCUGCAGAACUUCGAGUCCAUAUCGCAGGGCACCAAGUCCACCUCGCAGCGGCACGAGAGCAGCACGGUGACGCCCAGCAGCUGCUGCUACUCGGAGAGCAGUCUGGACGCCAAGCUGAGCAAGUCGCAGGACUGCCUGAGCAACCGGUCGUCCUCCAAGAAGCGGGUCAACAUCCGGACGACCGAUCUGCCCGGCCAGGGGAAUCAGCGCAAUCAGCGCUCCUCGCCGGAGAUAGCCAACUACGAGGACCUGGAGUCGGGGGAGACGAGUGUGCUGAACAACUAUGACCAGAGCCUGGAGCGGGGCUAUCAGGCGCGCAAGGAGAGCGGCGGAGGCAACUACCUGACCAUGACGGGCACCAUCAAGCGGGGCCGCAAGAAGGGCCAGUCCGUGGACCUGCAGAUCAACAUUAGUCGCGAGGAGCUGGAGCAGCUGAAUGCCCAUGCCAUGGCCAGUGAUUCGCAGAAGGGCGGCAACCUGUGCUGCACCUGCAGCUGUGGCACCGGCCUCCACAUCCUGCUCAUCUCGCUGUUCUGCCUGCCGUUCGUCACCGUCAUCUCGGCGGUGUACUCCUUCUACAUUGGCACGCUCACCUGGUACAACAUGUUCAACUACUACUGCGAGGAGCGGACGUACCUGCACAAGAUCCUGGUGACGCCGCUGCUCUUCGUGGCCUAUCCCCUGGCCAUCCUGCUGUGCACCUUCGGCCUGGGCCUCUACUCGGGCCUGCGGCAGCUGAGCCUGCAGUACAGCAGCUGGGUGAACGACAUCACGGACAUUGAGAAGGGAUUCUAUGGCUGGCUGUGCGGCUUCCUGCGGAUGCCCGACUGCAGUCCCUACGAGGUGGUCAUCCUCACCGACAUCUGUGUGGCGCCGCAGGACCCGCAGCGGCUGCACAUCAACAAGCCGCGCCAGGAGCUGUCCAUGUAGGAUGUGAUGUCCAAUGGCCCCAAUUUCGUUUCGACCAUGAGUGUGAUAUAAAAAAAAACGUAAUUACAUUUGCCGAGCAGCAGAAGUAAGAUCAA